AUGAAGAAAAAUCCCAAUUUUAAUGGAAAUUCAGUUUUUGAACGACCCAUAAAGCCGUUUGAUUGCUAUAACAGUCCUCAAGCACACCCUGUUUUUGCCAACAUUGUUGAAGGACUCAAGUACCCUUUUUUGUAUUCGCUCGCAGAUUUUGGAAAUUUGACGGAAAAGCCUCACAAGAACAUUGUGAGGACGCUAAAAGGGAAGCCCUUCAGGAGGCCUGAUAUUUCAGCCACGGUGCAGGAGGUGUUGGAGAAGAUGAAAGGAGAGGAGGGCAGAACGGGGAUUUUCGUGGAUGUUGGGGCUAAUGUGGGAAUGGCUAGCUUUGCUGCUGCUGUCAUGGGUUUCAAAGUGUUGGCAUUUGAGCCUGUCUUUGAGAAUUUGCAGAGGAUUUGUGAAGGGAUUUACUUCAAUAGAGUGGGGGAAUUGGUGGAGGUCUUUGAGGCCGCCACAUCUGAUCACUUGGGGAAUAUAACAUUUCAUAAGUUGGUUGGUCGGCUCGACAAUAGCGCUGUUUCAUCUGUUGGUGCAAAAAUGGCUUUUAAAUCAAACGAAGAGAUUGCACUUCAAGUCAGAUCUAUUCCCCUCGAUGAAGUGAUAAAAGAGUCAGAGCCUGUUCUCUUGCUUAAAAUAGACGUUCAAGGCUGGGAAUAUCACGUGCUUAAGGGAGCUACAAAGUUGCUGUCAAGAAAGAUAGUGUGGGCUAUCAUCAAUGUACUCAACAUGCUACCGAUGCACACUGUAUCAAAAAAGAAUGAAAAUAUCGCAGUUCUCAGUAUGCUGUGGAAUGGUCAUAAUCAGUUGAGAUUUUCCCCGAACCAUGUGGUUUCAAUUGCUGGAGGACCUCGUGAUGCUGGCUGUUGA